UGUAGCUCCAUAUACACAACAAGCUAGCAUCGAGUAAUACUUCUGCAGAAGCAACAGUUCCAUCAACUUAAACAUGGCCUCCUCCAACUUUUUUCUUCUCAUACCUCUCAUCGCUUUGGUCACUACUCAGGCCAUGGCUUCUGAUCCUAGUCCUCUUCAGGACCUCUGUGUUGCCGACAAGAACUCACCAGUGCGUGUCAAUGGGUUCCCUUGCAAGGAUGCUAAGGAUGUGAGUGUCGAUGACUUCUUCCUAGCAGCUAACCUCGACAAGCCGAUGGACAUAACCAAGAGCAAGGCUGGAUCCAACGUUACCUUAAUCAAUGUGAUGAAACUUGCAGGUCUCAACACCCUUGGUAUCUCCAUGGCGAGGAUCGACUAUGCUCCUAAAGGACAAAACCCACCCCACACACACCCUCGUGCCACUGAGAUCCUAAGUGUAAUUGAGGGCUCACUUUAUGUUGGAUUUGUUACAUCUAACCAAGCAAACGGAGAAAACAAGCUCUUCACCAAGACACUCAACAAAGGAGAUGUCUUUGUGUUCCCAGAGGGUCUCAUUCACUUCCAGUUCAAUCCAAGUUAUGAUAAGCCGGCAGCUGCUAUCGUUGCACUUAGUAGCCAAAACCCUGGGGCGAUUACCAUUGCUAAUGCAGUAUUUGGAUCAAAUCCACCAAUCUCGGAUGAUGUUCUUGCUAAGGCAUUUCAAGUGGACAAAAAGGCAGUGGAUUGGCUACAAGCUCAAUUUUGGGAGAAUAACCAUAACUAAAUUAAAUUAUUGAUGCUUAUCUGUUGAAAAUUAGUUAUCUGUAGUAAAAUGGUUUGUUGAUUGUUAGUAGCUAAAAAUUGUAUACUUCAUGUUAUCCUAAAAAUAUGUUAUUUGAUUCUUUUUACGAAAUAAUGUAUACCACUACGCACAUAUACAUAUGUUACGUGAUGUAUGAUCUGGGAUAUUAAUUUAAUAUAUUUGAUUUCUUGGUACCUUUUUAACACUGAA